GCGGCAGCAAGAAGAGGCGCAGCUCCGGCGCGGCUCUCUCUCAUGAAGUGGCCCAGGAGGCGGCGGCGGCGGCGGCUGUGGACGGAUGAUCAUGCCGGACGGAGACGCGGCGCUGGGGCUGCUGCUGGCAUCGCUGGUGGCGCUGAACUGGGCUGCUGCUGCUGCUGCUGCGGGCGGAGGUCCUGCUGCAACCAAGAUUUGUUCUGCAGAGUGCACCCAACUUGCCAAAAAUCGUGUUCCCAAUAAAUAUCUGCAAAAAUAUGAAAAGACCAUAUGCGGGAAAGCCGCUGUGAUAUUUACUACCAAGAAACAUCUACGCAUCUGUGCCAAUCCAGAGCACAACUGGGUGAAGGAAGCCAUGGAAUACCUGGACAAAAAGAAUGCACCUCCAAAUGUGUCAGAAGUGUCAACGAUCUUUUACAAACAUGUCACUCUGUCAACUCAAACUGGGGGUCCACCUCACCCUGCUGGAACAUUUACCACUCCAUCCUUUGGAAGUACAACUUUGUCAGUAGUAAAUGUUGUGACAGCUGGGCCAGAGAUGGAAAAGUCUUCUACAGAAGCCACCCCCAAGUCGAAAGUGGUUGUUACUGGAAUGACCCUUCCAUCUGAAACUCUUGGGAAUGGGAGCACGGUUGCUAAUACCACCAGUGAGCCAAAGACAUUUGGGGAACGUCUCAUGCCAGUUAGUCAAGGCCCAGGGAAUGUCACAGAAUCUAUGAAUGAUUUGGUGGCAUCUUCUACAACUCCAGGCCCUCCUGCAACAAGCAGACUUGAUUCUGGGAAGCCCAUGGGAUCUACACAAUCAACAUCCCAUCUGUCCAGCACUUCUUUCACUGGGUCUACUGCAGAUUCCACAGUAAACGGCAUGAAGUCCACCACAUCAUCUGACAGGCUCCUGAAUUCUGUUGAUCUGCAGGGUUCAGUUCUGAGAAGCUCUGCUGCAGAAACCAGGCCAACUGUUAGCCUCACAACUGUGACCCCAGGACUGAAUGUCACUGGUCAAUCCAGCACACCCUCCAGUUCUGAGGAAAGCAAAACAAACUCUCCCAUCAACGUUACAGAUAGGUGGGGUGUUGUGAAUGAUUCAACAGCUGCUCUUGGAAAUGCCUCAGAAAGCCCAGUGUUUACUGAAGCAAAUAGAGUGACGUUCCCCAAAAUUUCAGGUACUCUGCCAACUUCAGGUCAUCACCAGGCUGAGAAGAAUAAAGCAGAGGCACCAUCCCAUGCUCCCAUUUCCCUGGAGAGGUAUCGAACCCAUUUCAUCUCUUUGGCAGUCCUGGGGAGUGCUCUCUGCAUAGUCUUUGCUGCCAUGUGGGCAUAUUCCAAAUACUGCAUUUAUGAUAGAGCAUCAUCUCCGGAAAUGAUCCAAGGUCUGCUCUUCUCUCCAUUGAACUCGAAGACCACAGCAUUUGCCAUGGACAUCCUUUGACUUUCUCGUGUUUUCAUUCCCCAGACUAAAAGCAGCAUCUUUUGUUAAACAGGCUUUGCAACAUAUGGCAGAUAGUGUUGUUUUUCCCCCAAAAGUGGGAAUGGGGGCAGAGUGGUACAGAGCAGAGUGGUCAGCCUGUGGGCAGACAAUUGCACUGUAGUGGAAUGCCUGGGGAAUCAUAGGUUAUUGCCAAGGUCUUCAGAGUGAGAGGUAGUCUUCCAUAGCAAAGUGUGGGGAGCAAUGAGAUUCUCUCUGAGCCAUGCAAGCACAUGUGCAGGUACAUGCGUGUUGGGUGGAGGGAGAGUUCUGCCUUAAAGGUACAAAUGCACAAGUUGAUUGACAGUGCUGAGACCAACCAGAAAGGACUGCAAGGAAUAUGCAUCCCAGCAUGCUUGGACAGGAGAGGUUUGGUUGCUCUAUCAGCUGUAUGUUAUCUUCACUGGGUGUUGUUGGGUGUCGAGUCUGUUGAUUUGACAAGAAGACUGAAAUUGCAGGAGGACACUUGGAAGUGUUAAAAUAAUCCGGUGAAAGGGUGGGGCGGUCCUGCAGAUGCACAAUAGCACUUGUGAAUAUUUGGGUUGGAGCACCUAGUCACAGAUAUUUUUAUAUCAGGGCCAGGAAGGAAGGAUGUCCACAGCGCUCUGUUUAAACUGGCACGAGAAGCAGGAGACAAAAACAAUGCUAUCUGGCAGAUGCCCAAAAUGCACUUUUUGCAGUCUAAUUGCUGUUGAUAUUAUUGUGUGUCUGGAUAUGUUCUCUGUUGUUUUAUACUUUCUUACAUAAAUAAAAGCAUAAUUGAGGCA